AUGGCACCGCACGCUGAGACUGACGCGGGCUCCGCGAACGGUGAUGGACCCUACAGCAACGGCGCUGUUGCCCACAAUGGCUCUGCCUUCGCCCCCAAGUUUGUUGUCAACUCGCCCAAUGUGGUGUACUCGGACACCGAGAUCCGCUCCAAGUACACGUACCGCACCGCAAUGGUGACGGAGGGCGAGAACGGCACCCGUGUGGUCACGCCGCGCGAGACCGUGUACGACUUCAAGGUCGACACCAAUGUCCCCAAGCUCGGCGUCAUGCUGGUCGGCUGGGGUGGCAACAACGGCACCACGGUGACGGCCGGCAUCAUCGCCAACCGCCGUGGCCUUGUCUGGGAAACCCGCAACGGUCCCCAGGCGGCAAACUACUACGGCUCCGUCGUCAUGGGCUCGACUCUGAAGCUCGGCACCGACGCCAAGACCCUCGAGGACGUCAACAUUCCCUUCCACGACGUCCUGCCCAUGGUCCACCCCAACGACCUUGUCAUUGGCGGUUGGGACAUCAGUGGCCUGAACCUGGCCGAGGCCAUGGAUCGCGCCAAGGUGCUGGAGCCGACCCUCAAGGCCCUCGUCCGCAAGGAGAUGGCUGGGAUGGUCCCACUUCCCAGCAUCUACUAUCCCGAUUUCAUCGCCGCCAACCAGGAAGAUCGGGCUGAUAACCUGAUCCCGGGUUCCAAGGCUUGCAUGGCCCAUGUCGAGCAGAUCCGCAAGGAUAUCCGUGACUUCAAGGCUGCCAACAACCUGGACAAGGUCAUUGUGCAGUGGACUGCCAACACGGAGCGCUAUGCCGACAUCAUCCCCGGCGUGAACGAUACGGCCGAUAACCUGCUCAAGGCUAUCGAGGCUGGGCACGGUGAGGUUUCUCCCUCGUCCGUCUUCGCUGUCGCUUGCAUUCUGGAGGGCGCCCCUUUCAUCAACGGCUCUCCCCAGAACACCUUUGUUCCUGGAGCCAUCGAGUUGGCCGAGAAGUACGGCGCCUUCAUCGGCGGCGACGACUUCAAGUCUGGCCAGACCAAAAUGAAGUCGGCCUUGGUCGACUUCUUGAUCAACGCCGGCAUCAAGCUCACCUCGAUUGCCAGCUAUAACCACCUCGGCAACAACGACGGCAAGAACCUGAGCUCGCACAAGCAGUUUCGUUCCAAGGAGAUCUCCAAGUCCAACGUGGUCGACGACAUGGUAGCCGCCAACAGCGUCUUGUACGCCAAGGACGAGCAUCCCGACCACAUCGUCGUCAUCAAGUACGUGCCCGCCGUCGGCGACAGCAAGCGUGCUCUGGACGAGUACUAUGGCGAGAUCUUUUUGGGCGGCCACCAGACCAUCAGCAUCACCAACGUCUGCGAGGACUCGCUGCUCGCCUCGCCGCUCAUCAUUGACCUGGUGGUCAUCGCCGAGCUCAUGACGCGCGUCCAGUGGCGGCUGCACUCGGACGACGGCCAAGGCAACGGCGAGUCGGCCAAGGGCGGCUACAAGAGCUUCCACAGCGUGCUCAGCGUCCUCAGCUACAUGCUCAAGGCGCCGCUGACCCCGCCGGGAACGCCCGUCAUCAACUCGCUGGCAAAGCAGCGCGCCGCCCUCGCCAAUAUCUUCCGCGCCUGUGUUGGCCUCGAGCCCGAGAACGACAUGACGCUGGAGCACAAGCUCUUUUAA